CGUUAUGCAGACCUUUAGAGCAAAAUGAUUGUUGGAAAAUUCACACCGGAUAUGCACAUUUACAUUUGAUAGCCAGACACUUGUCAUGUCAAAGGAGCAAUAGAAAACAGUCAAGUCGUGACAAAAUGGCGAGCGGAAUUGGAAAACAUAAAUUGCUGUUGGGCCCAACAGAGCCAUGGUCAGUUAGGGAAAAGCUGUGCCUCGCCUCCUCUGUCAUGAAGAGUGGAGACCAAAACUGGGUGUCUGUGAGCCGAGCCAUUAAGCCAUUUGCAGAACCUGGACGCCCUCCUGACUGGUUCUCUCAAAAGCAUUGUGCAUCACAAUACUCUGAGCUCCUGGAGACAACUGAGGCCCCAAAGAGAAAGCGAGGUGAAAAAGGGGAGGUGGUUGAGACGGUGGAAGACGUUAUUGUUCGCAGGUUGACAGCGGAGAGAAUAGAGGAGUUGAAGCGACUGAUCAAGGACACACAAGAGAAGCACAGGAAACUGAAGAGAGAAACUGAGCUCAUCCAGGCAGGACAUCUGGACUCUAAACUUGAGGAGCUAUGGGAGAAAAUUGUACGGAGCAGAAAACAAGAGGAAGAGGAAGCUGAAGUGAAAAGAAAGGCCACAGAUGCAGCGUACCAGGCCAGGCAGGCAGUGAAGAACACUCCUAAACGUGUGGCCAGUGUGACAGUGCGCUCCCCCUCUGGGGCCUGCUCUCCGAGCUUGGAUUUUCCUACUGGAGACUCAUCUGGAGAUCCUAGCACAACUGGGGCAGGAUCAACAGUGUUUGUGCCCCUGACGGUGCUGCCAGGCCCUGGAGUGGUAGAGGCGAGUUUGGGGUCACUGCUAGAUGAAUCAACACAGAAGAAGCUUUUGGGUCAGAAAAUCACGCCGCCUCCCUCUCCUCUCCUGUCAGAACUGCUGAAGAAAGGCAGUCUUCUGCCCACCAGCCCCAGACUGGCAGUUGAGGGAGAAUCUCCGUCUAGUCAACUUACAGGGAGUCACGAUAAUCAGAUGAUGACUUCUUCGCUCCCUGCCUCUCAGGCAGCGACAGGUGCUCCCACACUGUCUCGUCUGCUGGAAGCUGGCCCCGCCCAAUUUCCCUCUCAGCUGAGCUCAUUGGGCACUGCAGACUCCGCCCUCAGCGCUGCCACCUCUGCAGUGGACACCGCUGCCCCGCUCGGCACAGGAGGUGAUGGAGCCCCCAUGGCUUCAGUGGAUAAUAAGGAGGCAGUUUUAGGGGAAGAGGACCUGGUGACUGUGUCCUAUAUGGCAGAGGAGCUGGACUUAGAGACAGUUGGGGACAUCAUAGCCAUUAUUGAAGAGAAGGGUGACGAGAAUGCCGAGGCACUGGAUGCUGCAGCGGUGGAAGCCGCUCUGUCUCUGUGUGAGGACACGGGUCACAACCUGUCAGGUACCUGGGAGCCCGACCCCUUCAGGCCCAGUGGCCCCGAGCCCUCCAGCACUUCAGAGGACUUAGACCCACAUUCCCUGCAUCUGUUAGAGGGGAAGCGAGAGGGUCUUGACAUGUGUGGAUCCAGCAGUGGAUGUGCACAGGAGUACACGACACCGUCCACCACUGUCCCCUCUGUUCCUCAAGACCCCACUCCAACAGCAGGAGCCCAUUCAGACCCAGAUGCCCUCAGACCAGAGCACACUGAUGAGGCCCAGGAUGGGCAGCCAGAAUCACUGCAUGCUGUGAUCAAAAGCGAGACUGAUGAAUGGACACGGUCUCAAUCAGAUACACGGUCAGAAGAUGACCCUGUGAUAAAACAGCACUCAAAGGAAGUGAAAGAGGAGGAGGAGGCCGUGAGUGAUGCCGAGGAGGGCAGUGUGUCGGAGAUGAAAGCUGGAUUAGAAGGGGAUGGAGUCGAGGAUUGUGGGGGAGAAGAGGAUGGAGACGGAGUUUAUCUCUCAGAGCCAGAGGGGGAAACAGAGUUGGAUCCUCCGGCCAGCGAGAGCGAGGACGGCUACAGCAUGCACACGGCAUCCUCUUCUGUACAGCUCCACACAACUGCAGACUCCAUUCCCAGCAGCCCUGCCUCCUCACAGUUCUCUAUCUGCAGUGAAGAUCAAGAAGCAAUUCAGGCUCAGAAGAUCUGGAAGAAAGCCAUUAUGUUGGUGUGGCGAGCAGCAGCCAAUCACAGGUAUGCAAAUGUCUUCCUGCAACCAGUGACGGAUGACAUCGCCCCUGGUUACCACAGUAUUGUGCACAGGCCAAUGGAUCUGUCCACCAUCAAGAAGAACAUUGAGAACGGGCUGAUCCGCACCACAGCUGAGUUCCAGCGCGACAUCAUGCUGAUGUUCCAGAAUGCAGUGAUGUACAACAGCUCGGACCAUGAUGUGUUCCACAUGGCCGUGGAGAUGCAGAGGGACGUUUUGGAGCAGAUCCAGCAGUUUCUGGCCACACAGUUGAUCAUGCAGACCUCGGAAUCGGGCAUCAGUGCCAAGAGCCUGCGUGGGAGAGACGCCAACCGCAAACAGGACCCCAGUGACAAGGACUGUGUUCCCAUGGCCUCUCCUGCAUUCCUUCUCUCUCUCUUUGACGGGGGCACCAGGGGGCGACGCUGCGCUAUAGAAGCAGACUUGAAGAUGAAGAAAUGAGCAGCCAGUGGGUGGAUUCCUUUGAAAUGCUAAUAAGUGACUGAGUGAUGAAGACAGCAUCAGACAAUCUGUCUGAACCAUAUCGCUAAUACGCUUAAACAGCAGAGUUCAUGAGGGUUUCACUGGAGCGUGGUGUUUGGGAUUGGACAACGAUAGGACUGCCUGAAAACCUGUGCAUAUAUGUCUGUGUGUAUGUAAUUUUGUGAGGUGUGUGUUGUGUAGUACUAAAGAUUUGUUUUGUGUACGAAUAGUGCCUUUAUAGGUAUUGGUGAAUGACUGGUCGAAGGGACGAAAAAUUAAAAUUAAAAUGCCUUCUUAUGUAAGAGCAAGGUUACUGACAUUUUAUGCUGUUUUCACUCUCUGCCAUAAUGCUGUA